AUGGCAUCAAAUAUUACGGAAGGAAAUUUCCUCAUUGUCAAUAAAGGUGUUAUCGAUUCUACACUAGUUGAAUUUUUCAUGACCUUUAACCUUAUGUUAUGCGCUGUGUUGAUCGGCAUCGCUGGAAUCGUUGGAAAUGUCAUCAACAUUUUGAACUUUCAAAAACAAGGGCUACAGGACAGUGUGAACGUGACCCUAACAGCUUUAGCCGUCAGUGAUAUAGGAGCUCUCUUCUUUCAGCUGUUGGUCAACAUUCUGUUUAACCCUCUAUGGAGAAGAGUCCAACUUCCAUUCUCUUCUUCCUCUGUUCUGGCCAUGGUAUUUUUCUACCCGCACGGCUACUUUAUCAGAGUGAGUGGUUUUAUUACAGCCUUCGCCGCCUUUGAAAGAUGCCUCUGUGUGGUGCUGCCCAUGGACGUCAAGAGAAUCAUCACCAGAAAUGUCGCUGUGGUCGUCAACAUCAUCAUUUUCAUCGUGCUUCUCUUAUAUUUGUAUCCGGAACAUUCUGUAGUGUACAUGGACUGGUUAAACAUCCCGGCUUUAAAUCGCACUGUGUUAACUUUCGUCUUCAGGGAAAAUUUUGAAAUGGUCAUGACCUAUACAAAUAUUACCAAUGACCUUUUUAUUCCUUACAUAACUUUUUUAGUUCUGAUUAUAUGCACAGUUGUUAUAGUGAUACAAUUAAAGUCUAAGUCUAAGUGGAGGCAAUCCCUCCUAGAACACAAGUUAUCCAGAGGGUCUAAAACAGAGUUAUCCAUUAAAGAUAAGAAAGCGGUCAUUAUGCUGACAGUGGUAUCUGUCCUCUAUGUCUCCUGUCUGACACCUCAAUGCGUUUUAAUAACUGUCAUUGGUUUUAUGCAGGACUUGAAGGUAGAGGGACCAUUGUGGGACAUAAGUUUGAUGACCAUUUCCUUUUCGUCUUUACUAGAGACCAUCAACUGUAGUGUGUCUUUUAUCGUAUAUUACAAAAUGAGUUCAAAAUUUAAAGAGACUUUAAAUUCCUGGCUGCCUGUGUUCAAACGCAUAUCCUAG